AUGGUCAUGAGUAGACUCCUAGGUAUGGCCAUGUUGGCAAUUGGGGAGUGGGAUGAUGCGCGGCUGCAUAGAGCGUCCAAUGUGCGCAUUUACGAAGAGGUGCUGGAGGACCUGCAGGCAGACGCAACUGAGAGGGAAGUGGCCCUACUGAUGAAGAAAAUGAAUAUUGGUGUGCAAGAGUGGUACUUGGAUCGGCAGGAGCUCUCAGCUCCAGAGCAUGUGGAUAACAGAUAUCCAAGGCUGUUCGAUGGUCUGAGAAUCCAGCAUGAGAGCUUCAAUGAUUGGUUCUUUAAAUUUGACAAGGGUGUGUGGCAAGAUCUAGGCGUGGCCAGCACAUUCUGCAUGAUGACUGCGCACGGGACAUUGAAUGGAGCCUGGGCCAGGUGUAUUGCACCGGAUGAGGAGCAGUUGCCAUAUGGAUAUGCGUGUAUGCAGGUAUACGAGCAGGUCAAGGUGACCAGGGAGGGCCAUCCAGUGACAGCAAAGGCAGAGCGGACUGCGUUUGCAGAGCUGAGUGCGUCAAUGGACGAGUUGAUAAGUGAGCGUGAAGCAUACGUGGGGAAUUCAGCGAAACUGCAGAGACGGCUUAACCGCGUGAAGGAGGCGUUCGUAACAGAGGCAUUCAUAUUGAUUGAAUUGCAUGAGGAGGGGGAUCAGCUGAACGGUGGGAGUAAGUGGAAGUAA